AGUGCCCCUUAAAAAUCACGUGACACCCACGAAAAAAUCGCCAUUUUUGUUGUGGUUCACCAGAAAACAAUAACUUGUGCAUGAUUUGCUGGGACAUGAUGGAUUGAUCAUGAAGUCUCAUGACCAUUGGUGAUUAAACCAUGUAAGGAACUGCCUGUGUAUGUGUGCUGUGGGUGAACUUUUAGUCAAGCAGGAUUACAAGAAUGUAGCCAGCAUUAAUAAACAAUAAAAGCAUUAACCAAAUAUGGCAUCAGGUUCUGAAGACAUUGCAGCUGCCUCUGCCUCACAGCCAGAGGAUGAGCAUAAAGAAAAGAAGAAAAAGUCUGGUCGUCUGGGAAGAAUGUGGAAAUUGAUCACUGGCUCAAGAAAGUCAACAAAGUCUAAAGAAUCGGUGAAGGCCAAAUCUACAGGAGCUCUGCAUCAGAACCCAGGGCUGACAGAGGAUGACGAUGAAGGCGGAUUUGUUCCGAGUAAAUUACAGGGAAGCCGUAGUAUAUCGGAGGAUAGUGUAUUUAAACCUGAACAGAAAGAAGGGGGGUUGGAGGCAUUCCGUCAGACAACCGUCUCCAUGGAACAGGUCAACAAAUCAGAUUUCAGGAGCGAGUUAUUCCGUAAGCUUAAGCGGAGAACAAUGAGUCAGUCUGAUGAAGAUGAUGGUCUUCCACAGAGUCCAGCACCACACGUCACCACAGCUGACCUCAUUCUGGGUGGUGGUCUCCAGUCGUCCUCUACGGGGAAAUCUACGAGUCGUGAAAGUGACAAGAGCCUCCUCAGCGUGGACGGAUCGGAAAAUGAAGAAGAGGAUUUGUUUGAUUCAAACUGGAAAUCUUCUAUAGCAUCAGUGAAGAAGCCACAGGACAACAGUACAGCAGAAGUGGCCAAAAUGGAUUUAGAUUUUACAGUUGUAAAAAGAGAUACGCAAACUUUGACCAGUGAUGCAGCAAAACACAGGAUCUCUAUUAAACCUAAGUCUAGAAAGAGUUCCUUGCAAUCUAGGAGAGCAACUGAUAGAACUACAGCAUCACCUUUACCCAGAGUAACAGAGGAAACAACUAAACAAGCUGAACUGAUCACUGUACAGGACAACAAAACCAGUAUUCAAGUCAUAAAGCCUCAAAAGGUGGAGGAAUCAGUGCCCAAAGAAAUCAAAAGUGAAAUGAGUAACAUAGUCAAAAAUAGGAAGUCUUCAGAGGGACCAAGUGAGCCACAGAAAACACAGCCAGAAAAGGAUAUUUUAGUCAGCAACGAAGAAAAAUCUCGUUUGUCAGACACCCCUAUAUUAAGAAGAGACUCUGAAAAAAUAAUAGAGAAAAAGGAUGAACCAGUGAAAGUAGAAAGUUUGAAGAGUGUAAAACCCAGACCUAAGAGUCUUGUGGAUGUAGAACCUAUCAGAGACACAAAGGAUGAGUCUAAUGAGUUGUCAAAGGCAUUCAAGAGGAUGUCACUGAGGAAAGAGAUUGUCUCCCCUGAAAUGCCAGCCAAGGCCAGUAAUAUUGAACCCCUCAAAGAGGUGAUUAGUGUCACUAGUGUUACAGAGUCUAAAGCACACAGAUCAUCUGUUAAAACAGAUGAAACAAAGGAAGUGGAGAGCAAACCCACUAAAUCACCAAUCACAAAAGACGCACCAGGGAAAACAACUUAUGUUCUGAAGAAAGAGCCACUUAGACCUGUGACAUCCCCAAAAUCACCAGACUAUGAGAACUUACAGGACUUAAAUCUUAGUAAAAGUAUAACCUCCCCAUCUUCUGAUUAUGAAAAUGUGCCUGUGGGGGGUUUUAAAUCUGAGAAAUCUGAGUUAUCUUCUCCUGAACCAGAUUAUGAUAAUUUAUCUCCCAUAUCUUACCCACUCUCACCAACAGCAAACAAAUUCUUGCCAAGGGAUAUAGACAAUGCUUCCAAGUCUAAAACUUCUACAAUGCCUCAAAAAUUGUCUUCUCCAAAGGAGGAAUACAGAUUAAAGAGACAACCAAGGAGUAGGACCUUACCAGAACAGCCUGUUUCAAGAGAAAUUUUAGACUCCAAAUCCCAAACUGUACCUCGUGAAAUUAUGGAUUCACAGUCUCUUGAUGUCGGUGAAAAAUCAGUUAAAAAAUUAGCAAGUAAAACAGAUUCUUUCAAAGAGAACAACGGAAGUUCACUUAAUAGGUUUUCAAAAGGUGUUACCUCUGGACUCUCUGUAAAAACUGCUGAAAAUAAAAUUGAUAUUGAAUCCACUGCCCCAAAAGAUGAACCUAAACGACCUGUAUCUUUGAAAUCUGAUUAUAAUGUCUCAACCACUCCCAGCUGGGUCAAACCUAAACCAGAAGAACGAACUCCUAAUGUAGUCAAGUCAGAUUCUCAAGAUAAAGCAAAGUUUGAACAGUUAAAACCUGUGAGUGUAAAUUCAGCAAAGGAAAAGGAAACAAAGCAGUUGGAGCCAAGCAACACAAAACCACAAGACUUAAAGAAAGAAGAUCUCCCCCAGAAACCUCCCCUUAAAACGAAGCCUAAAGAAGUGGGAUCCUCCACACUAGAAAGGAAAUCUUUGUUUGAGAACACUUCUAGCUCAUCACCUGCCUCGGUUCCAGCAUGGAAAGCAAAUUUAUCACAAAAGAAAGGUUCUCUAAAGGAGAAAGAUAUCAAGAUAGAAAUUAUUGAAAAAAAGACCCCUGUACCAGAAAAGGUGGAGGAACCGAAGAAACAGACCCCUGUUCAGCUGAGAGGAAAACCAGCAUGUGCAGAGGAAUCUAAGGCUGCUCGUAAGAGUUCCAAUGUUCUGGAUAUGGUGAAGAACUUUCAGAGUAUGCAGGCUACAUAGAGUCAUUACAACAGGUGAUUCUGUGUUUAGUCCACUGUGCCAACACUUCAACGGGUGGCCAAGCAUGGUGAAAACAUGUGCCUUCUGUAUUCAAAUAAAACGACAUGGUAUAUUGAUUAAUGUCAGGCUUAGAAUGCUUGCAAAAUGUUUUCAUUUCUGGUUUGCACAAUGUUGAAAUUCUACCUGGCAACAGAAACAAAAAUUAUUUUUAUAAUUUUUUGAGAGAAAAAUUUUCACAGGGAUGAAAGUAAAUUAUUUCAUGUUGAAUGACGUAUGCUGUAAAGGUCUUCAUUUCUGAACAACUGUGUUUUUUUUAAUUUUUACACAUAAUGAAAUACAUUGCAAUUUGUGGAACAACAUUUAGUGCUAAAUGCUUCAUAAUGUUUCUUUUUUAACAUUUUGGAGUAAAUUUUUCAAGCAGGUGUUUGUAUUAGUUUCAGGUGAAGAGGAAAACUUUAAAUAUACAGAAUUCUUAGUUUUAAUUUAAAUUUAAUAUUAUGCUCAGAACUUUAACUCAAUUUUAUUUUGUUGUUAAGCUCAAACUAUUGCAUUCCUCUGGUGUAAAUAAACUUAGAUGUUUACCUGUAAUUACUGUGAUAUAUUUUUUCUCCUUCUCUAAUUAAAAAGUAAAAGGCAAGGAAUUGUAACAGAUAUUUGUGUCUGUUAAAAGCUGUCAUUGUGUGCUUUCAGUGUCACAAUGAAAAAUAAUUCAUGAAAAAAAAUGAAUGAUUCUCAUUUAACAUAGAUGUAGUUAAAAGAUUUUUUAAAAUAUUAAUAUUUAUGGCAUUUGAGAUGACUACUAUUAUCUUCAUUUAUUUACUUCAUAUGUUAGUGAAUAAUAAACAUUUUUAUUCACAUGGUUGAACAAUGUCUUUAAAAAUGUCUUUAAAAAAUUGUGAUGAUUUGGUUGUGAAGAAACGUCUAUUUUAUGAGUCCUGCUUUUUUGUGUGUUAUUGCAUGUUUAGUAUAUGAAGUGCAAUGUCGUGUUGUGAAUAUUUUGUGAUAAGUUGUCAUCUACAACAUUCAUUGUUUUGAAUGUCUUUGUUUCAGUUUAAUGUUACAGAUUUUAAUCAAGUCAUAAUGUAUUUCAAUGCUUGAAAUAUCAUUUAUUAGAUAAAACAUUUUGUGCAAUAAUCGUGACCAAGCAUAUCUUGUAGUAGGUGUAACUGUAUCAAUUGGUGUGAUUUUAUGUCAAAUAUUCUUCAUAUACACUCUUUCAAGACACUCAAAAUGCAUUUUUUAUGUGUAAAAAUAAUAACCUGGUGCUUAACUGUAAAUCAAAUGCUGUAUAAUUGUAAAAAGUAUUACAUCAUUACUGUAAGAAAAAAAAGUGUACUCAAGAUAUUUUGCAAAAUUUCAUUUUUUGCCAAAAUUAAAUAUAGUGGUUAUUCAUGAUGUAGAACUUUCUUGUCUUGCAUGCUUUAAUUAUUCUUUCUUCUUAGUUAUCUCCCUUCGAGAUUGUUUUAUGAUCCUCUAUUUUUAAAUAUUUAAGGGUCACUUAUAUUAGUUCAGAAGCAUGGAAUGUUGUUUUUCAUAUUUAUUGGUAUACUUAAGUGUCCAACUCUUGUGAAAACUACCUUUCCAAAUUAUAACCCUGCAUUUAUUGUUAAAAGAAUUUUAAGUUUUUCAACCACAGUAAAAAGUUACUUGUCCAGAGUAUAUGGGUGGAUUUGUAUUUCACACACUGGUAUACUACAGAUAUGAAAUUGUUUUAAUCAGAGAGCAUAUUUUAGGGAGAUUAUGGCUGAUGAAUCAAGAUUCUAAUGCUCUAUCAUUGCCUAGAUGGACAAAUAGUGAAGUAAUUUUGAUCUCAUUUUGAAAGCUUUAGGGUCCAAUUGGCUUUUUAUUAGUUUACUCGUAAGAUAAAUGAACAAGCCAUUUUUGACUGCCUUUUUUUUAUCACUUCCCUAAUAGGUUCCUUGUACCAGGUUACAUGUAUCUUUCUUAUAUUACCGGUCAACAUAUCCUUCAUUGUACAAACUAAACAACUCACAGCUGAUAUAGUCAUGAUAACCUACACAAGAUGUGUAAGCUGUCAUUAUCAAGUUAUGUAUGUUUAUAUGUACAUGUAUAUACAAAUGUUUAAAUAAGUAAAGAGCUAUAAUGCA